CCGUCGGGAGCGCGCAGGCGCGGCUUAAGGCUCUCGGAGUGCGGAGUAACGGCUCGGCGGGCGGUGAUCAUCAUCCAGUGACCUGUCAGAGACCACAAGAAAACAUGGGGAGGAUUUUCCUCACAGGUGAAAAGGCUAAUUCAAUAUUAAAACGCUACCCAAGAGCAAAUGGAUUUUUUGAAGAAAUAAGACAAGGCAACAUUGAACGUGAAUGCAAAGAAGAAGUCUGCACAUUUGAAGAAGCCAGAGAAGCUUUUGAAAAUACUGAGAAAACUAAAGAGUUUUGGAAUACCUACACAAAAGCUCAACAAGGAGACAAUAACAGAGGAAGUGACUGGUUUCAGUUUUAUCUUACCUUUCCUUUAAUCUUUGGUCUCUUUAUUAUCCUCCUUGUCCUUUUCCUAAUCUGGAGAUGCUUCCUAAGAAACAAAAUUCGCAGACAGACAGUGACUGAAGGCCACAUUCCUUUCCCUCAACACCUUAAUAUCAUCACUCCUUCUCCCCCACCAGAUGAAGUGUUUGAUAGCAGCGGCUUAUCCCCAGGCUUUCUGGAAUAUGUUGUUGGGCGUUCAGAUUCCGUCUCCACUCGUCUGUCCAAUUGUGACCCUCCACCGACCUAUGAGGAAGCCACUGGGCAGGUGAACCUGCAGAGGAGUGAUACCGAGCCUCAUUCAGAUCCACCACCAGAGUAUGACGACAUCAUCAACUCCAACUCUGCCAGUGCCAUUGCCAUGGUGCCUGUGGUCACCACCAUCAAAUGAAGCUCACAACUUUUUACUAUAAUAAUUUUUAAAAUACUAAUGAAAGAAAUUUCUAGCACUUUACCACUACAUAAAUGUGCAUUCAUCUAUUUUACAUCUAUUUUAUUGAACUCUUAAAGCAUACCACUCUUUUAUAGUUUGAUUUGAUUUUCAUUGUUUCCUGGUAUAAAAUUAUGAUUCCUGCUAAUUUUGGCUCCUGGAAAUAGGUUUAGGUGGGAAAACAUAAUAACGGAUGAUUCUGUGUGAUGUGGUGAGUUGAAAUCUGUGCAUAUAUACAUGUGGCCAGUAUAUUUGUAACUGUCUCACUCCUAUCUAAAUAAUUUGUAAAGAAAACAUUACUCACCAAAAUUCGGGAUGAAAGACACGAGCAGUUUGUGAAAUAGCAACACACUAUUGAAUUCUAAACAUAAGCUGAACCUAUCAUGUUUUCUAAUUCAUAGUGGCUUUUAUUAACCUUUUCAUUCAGCUAUCGUGAAAAAACUGCACAGUCCACCUUGAUGUUUAGGUACAUUUCAGAGAUACCUGGUGGGAAACACAAUAGUUAAUAACUUAUGGCACAUCAAGAACAUCAUUGCUCUUUACUGGCUUUUGAAUAAUACUGUACGAGGGAUUUUUGAUGCCAUGUUUCUCUUACACACAAAAAAAAAUAUUUAAACUGUGUUUGCUUAGAAUCUCUGAAUGCCUUCGGCUCUUUAUAUUACCAUCUUGGCAGGAGGACUUCCUGCCAAACAUAAUACUGAUUACUCUUUUGCUCAUUUGUGACAGUAAUUAUUUCUUUUCUCUUUUAUUGCCUUUUACUCUACUCCUCACUCCCUCUCCUACCACCCAGAUCUUUAUUUAAGCACCUAAGAGUUCAGUUAAGAUAAAAUUUUUGAAAUUUUUUUCAUUAGUGUUUUUAGAGAAACUGAAGUGUUUGCCUUCGGAUGAUUAAGAGGCAAUUUUCCUUUAAAUGAAGAACUGUGAUUUUUUUUAUAUAUUGCUCUCCAAUCAGUGGAGAAAGAUUACGAAGUCUGUGUUGUGCCAGGUGCACAAUAAUAAACCUGGUUAGAGCUUCAUGUAGAUCUCAUUUUUGUUGCUAUUUGAUUUUGUAUUUUUAUUGAAUCAUUCUUUACUUUUCUCUUGAAGGAGAGGGAAUAGGUGAUGAAUGAACUGCCAACAUAGACUGGCUCCAGAAGAAAAUCGUUGCAUCCUAUGAAGUUCCAUGGUGUAUGCACUGAUAGAAAAUUCAUUACAGGGAAUUAAUGAAUUUUCAGGGAAAACAUCAGCACCUUUUUGGUGUUGGAUAAAAUGGUUGAGAAGUUAGAAGAAAAACAGAAUUCCAUGUGCCAUACCCUGCAUUCUCCAUCUCCCCCAACACUUCCCUCCAUCCUGCUCUGGAAACCAAAGGAAGAGGAAUGUUGGUGGGGAGCACUCAGAACUAGGAGUCUGAUUUCAUUCUGCAACACAUUUGCCAUGGUACCAUAGGGAAGGAAGACUAACUCUCAAAUUCCUUCUGCCUUUUUCCAGGGGCUUUAAGUGGAUUUAAUAAGAUGGCAAGUGUGGCAGUACUCUAAGAUGUGAAGAGCUAUCCAGGUGUCAGGUGAUACCAUUGUUCUUAUUGUGCAUAAGGGAAAUUUUUCUUUUUCCCUAAAAUUCAAAGAUUUUUCAUGUAGUGAGAAUAGCAGAGUCUGCUUCACACCUGUGCUCUCCAACCACCAGUCCAAGGAUCCAGUGCUGGCUCACAGAUACAAAAGGUUGAAGAGCACUGGUCUCCACUGCUGUGCCAAUUUAAAGAUGGCAGAUGGCUCAGCAAAACAGGAUUAAGAAAAGUAUGAUGUGUGUUUAGUAGUUGUUAUAGCUUUCAUAGACUAAGUAUAACCUUUUUCUAAAAAAAAAUUGGCUAUAAGGACAUCUUUGACUUCCUGUCAAAGCUGAAAGUAUGGGAACGUUGGAUCCCGAAACAUGUGUUUUGCUUUCCUUCUAAAUGAAAAAAUAGGGUUCCUUUUGUGUGGAUUUUUUGUGAUUAAUUAUCAGGCCUCAGAUAAGACCAGCAGUUUUCAAAGUGUGGCCCGUGGAGUCCCUGAGAGUCCUCACAGAACCUUCAAAGGGAUCUGGGAGAUUAAAAACUAUUUUCAUAAUAAUACAAAGACAUUAUCUUUUUCAAGCUCUGUCUCUCAAAAGGUAGCUGAAAAUUUAAAGGGAUGCCAAACACAACAAACCUUGUGUUUCAGAAAAUGAUUUCUUUAUAUUUUUGUGUUAGUAUGUAGUGAACUUUGAAAAAUUUUUAAAUACUUGAAAUUCCUAGUUUUAUUCUCUACUCGGGCAAAUACUGAUAGCUAAAAAAUCCAUUUUAAAUGCCAUCCAAGAGUAAAGGGGUCUGGAGACCAAAUUUUGCCAAUUUCUGAAUAAAUAAGUAGGAUAUUCUUGCAACUUUCACAUCUGAAACACCUCGUAUUGGAUUCAGUACGCCUCUUAGGAGAUACCAGAAUUGCAGUUUAAGAAUGAAUGCAGAAACUUGAAGCAAAAGCCACAAGCCAAAACCAUAAACUGACCAGUGAUUUCAGUUUUUUAGACUGUUGUACUGUUGGUCAAUUCCUUGUGAUAACUGGCAUUAGCCAUAGGUCUCAUGGAGGUAUUUGUUUAAUGAUAGGAUUAACUAAAUGCAACUUUCUUCAAGAAAGUCUCUUUGGUUUGUUUAUUUUGGGUUUUACAUGUUCAAGACAACUCUUUUGGUACUCCAUCUAAUUUUAUAAGCUGAUUUUCUUAACAUUUGUUAUAAUUAAAGGGGCUUAUCUGGAAUAAUAUAUAUUUUUAUGCUUUUGCCUUUCUUACCUGAUUGAUAUUACAUUCACCUUUGAUCAUUUUUAAUAAAGGUUUAUUUUUGCAGGAUGUAUUUAGUACCUUUCUUAUGCAGGAACUAAAUCAAGCCUCUCAGUUUGCAUUUAAAUGAAAGAAAGGGCUCAGUGGUUUCCUUGUGGAAUGGUUUCCAAGUCUCCACGCACAGUGGUUAUAUAUGGAUUCCUAGAACUGGCACUUUCUGGCUCCUUGCUUUGAAUAUCACAAUGAAUUUUAUCUAUUUUAAAGUAAAUUAGAUGAUUUUUCUUCCUGUUGCCCAGUACAAAUACAAAUGCUGUGUUUGAUUCCUUGUUAAUGAUGACUUUAAGAUUGUUCUGAUAUAAUAACUGCGGCAGUAGCUUUAACUUGGUUCUAUGUAAAUACCAUGGAUUUUAAAUUUUCACAUUUUUAAACACUUGGUUUACAUUAAAUUAUGGUAUUUAACUAUUUUUAUGUUUAUACUUGGUAAGGUUUUUCUUAUGUUUCUGUGUUUUUGGUAUGCUAAAUAAAGCUAUUUUUAAACCCA